CACCCUUCUUCCAUCCCUUUCCUACGUCCUCCAUUAUUGUUAUCUUCGACCACUACCAUUUACUGUCACUCUCUCUCACUUUAAAAAAAAUAGCACAAACCAAACAACAAGCUCAAGAGAGACAAAUUCAUGGAACUUGGCCGGAAAAUGGCAAACAUGAUCGGCGGUGAGUUGGGGAAUAAGGGUAAGAUGAAUUUUGAGGAGACGGAGUUACGGCUAGGGUUACCGGGUGGAGGAGGAGGAAGCGAAGGAGAUCUGGCAAAGAAUAAUAGUACUAACACUAAUGGGAAGAGAGGCUUUUCGGAAACAAUGGAUUUGAAGCUCAACCUUUCAUCCAAGGAGAUUAACAGUGGUGUUGAUUCCAAUGAGAAUCUUUCGCCCAAGGAGAAGAGUCUUCUUCCUUGCUCUAAUGAUCCAGUGAAGCCUCCAGCCAAGGCACAGGUUGUGGGUUGGCCACCGGUGCGAUCAUUCCGAAAGAAUAUCCUGGAUGUCCAAAAGAGCAACAAUAAGGAGAAGGAGAAGGUUAGCAGCAUUGCAGCCUACAUCAAGGUCAGCAUGGAUGGUGCACCUUACCUACGUAAAGUGGACUUAAAAAUGUACAAAACUUACAAGGAGCUCUCUGAGGCCUUAGGCAAGAUGUUCAGUUCAUUCACCAUUGGUAACUGUGGAUCUCAAGGGAUGAAAGAUUUCAUGAAUGAGAGCAAGCUGAUGGAUCUAUUGAAUGGCUCCGAUUACGUCCCAACCUAUGAAGACAAGGAUGGCGAUUGGAUGCUCGUGGGCGACGUACCAUGGGAGAUGUUCGUUGAUUCUUGCAAGCGAUUGUGUUUAAUGAAAGGGAAGGACGCAAAAGGACUUGCACCAAGAGCCAUGGAGAAACGCAAAAACAGAAGCUGAAGUAGUAAUCACCACAACCUGCUCCUUUGAUCUUUGUGGCCACUGCGAAAUAAAAAUAAACCAAAGAAGGACAAACCCACGAGAUGGAUUGAGCAGAGUGUUUGGUUGUUUCCGUAUUAAUUAUGGUUUGGUGUAUUAUUAUUAGUCAAUGUGUGAUAUGUAUUUGGAUAAUAAUUAAAUGUUAAAGAGAGAAACAAUAAUAACUCUUAUGCUCUAAGACGUGGUUUUGUCUAGCUUGUUUAGUAGUAUAUUAAUGGUUUGUUUCAUAAGUAUCACAAUAAUAUUGUACUUUUUAA